AUGUAUCUGACAGUGAACUGGUGUUCCUGGAUCAUGGGGCCCAACGAGGAUCCCCGACCUUUUUCGCGGGAAGACCAGGCCAUGCUCACGGAGCAAGUGAUCGAACCGAUGGCGGCAGACGGUUUGCGCACAAUUGGCAUCGCCUACAAACGCUUUGUGUCAAAUGAGAGAGUUAGACUCACACGAGUAGAUUUAGAUGAAAGGUCAGAGGACGGUGGCUUUCUAAUCGCUUGA